AUGAUCACACUGCUCGUCCCCCGCGCGCACGUCAAGCGCGUCAAGACGGCGCUGGAGAAGCGGGGGUUGCUGAGGGGUAGGAUCAGCGCUGAGGAGCGUGGAGAUGGAGGUGGCGAUGGGGAUGGGGAUGGCAGGAAGAUGAUGAGGAUGCGGAUAGGCGCGACGUUGUCUGCUGAGGAGGUUUUGGGGUGGAAAAGGAUGUCGAGUUCUGUGGAUGAUGCAUAUCAGGGGGAGAGUGGGAGUGGGAGUGAAGAGGGAAAUGAAGAGGGAAAUAGAGAGGGAGAGGGAGAGGGAGAAGCAAAAGACAAAAAAGACGGAGAACGAAAGGGAAAAGGAGGACGAAAAGAAGAAGGAGACGGGAAUGGGAACGGAAAUGGAAACGCAUACGAGAGGGACCCGGGACCGCCUAACCUGUCCACCAUCCUGCACCACCUCGGUCUUCCCGACCUCCUACCCCAAGCAUCCACCAGCGACCCAGCCAUCGCCAUCGAAAUAGAAAUCACCCCUCCACCCUCCCUCUCCCCCUUCCAAACCCCAUCAUCACCAAACUACCACAAAAAGAAGAAUGCCCUCCUCCAGGCCCUCGCCCGCGCACUCUCUUCCUCCCUCCCUCCCUCCCUCCUCGCCUCCCUGGACCUCACGCCCGACAUCCUGCUGAACGAGUUUCCGAGUACAUACACGGUGUACAAGCCUCUCCUCCUGCUACCCCCGAACGCAUUGGCCUCGCCCGCGUGGCGGAAAUUGACGGCUAGGAUCCCAGUUGAUGGGGAGGUGAUGGGAAGGGUAUGGGGGAAGGUAACGAAAGCAGUAGGAGCAACGUGUGUGGCUGUUAAUAGGGGGAUUCCUGCAAGGAUGGCAUGUCCAACACGUUCACCAACAUCACCACCAUCACUAUCGAAAGCAGACGAAGGAGAAGAAGAGCAAGAAGGACAAGAAGAAGAGAACAUCCUCCGCCUCCCCACGCACCUCUCCCCGAUCUAUGGCUAUUUCGGUCCUGCACCCACGGCCCAACGGCAACACCACCCCACACCCUCCGACUUCUCCUCCGCGCUGUGGGUCUCGUGCACGCAGAACGGCCUAUUGCAGACCUGGGCACCGCGCUACUCGAUGUUCAGUCGAGGCAACGUCAAGGAGAAGGCGCGGAUCCUAGGCCUUGCGUCGGAGACUGUGAAAGCAGCGAGGGGGAAGGGAGAGGAGUGCACGGCGGUGGAUUUAUACGCGGGCAUUGGAUAUUUCGCCUUCAGUUACAAAAAGGCUGGGUUUAAGAAGGUGCUGUGCUGGGAGAUGAAUCCGUGGAGUGUAGAGGGAUUAAGACGAGGUGCUGGGGGUAAUGGUUGGUCUGUUGGUAUAUUCCACAACCCUGAAGAAGAAAAAGAGGAAGAGAUUGGCGAACUGGAUAUCCUCGUCUUCCCGGAAUCAAACUCACACGCCUUCUCGCGCAUCUCGCAGCUCAAAAAUCUACAGAGUCCCCCGCUCCCGCCGAUCCGCCACGUCAAUUGCGGGUUUCUCCCUUCCUCGCGGCUUUCGUGGCGCACGGCUGUACGGGUGCUGGAUGUGCGGCUUGGGGGCUAUAUCCAUUGCCAUGAGAAUGUGGGGGUGGCGGAUAUUGAGGAGAGGAGGGAGGAGGUGCAGAGGGAGAUUGGAGAGUUUUUGGACGAGUGGGAGUGGGAGAGGGAGAGGGAUGUUGGCGUUGCUGUUGGAAGGGGGAGGGAGAGGAAGAGGAGGGUGGAAUGUAGGCAUGUGGAGAGGGUGAAGACGUUUGCCCCAGGAGUAAUACAUGUUUGUUUUGACGUGUACGUGGAGGGAGAAGAUGAGGUACCAUGA